CCUCGCUAGCAGUAGCCUGCAAGUUGAACUGCUGGCCUGAGGAGCUGGAAAGGUUGUGUAGUUUUUAUGUGGUUUUAUUUGUAAAUAAAACUCAUAUGGGCGUGAUUAUAGUUGGCACAAGGCAAUAGAAAGCUAGGUGCGCGAAAGGCAAGACGACACGGCUUUUUGUGCCGGACUUUGAAGGCCUCCGAAAGCUCCGGCGUACACGGGACAAAAAAAAAGCGAGGGAGAGCCAUCAGUGGAGACUAGCAAGAUGACGAUCCCGAAGGUGAUGCGGACGACUGUUCUGGGUUUCGCUAAAAGAUGCCUGAGGGGACCAGUGAGUUUACAGACACAACUUGUGAGGGCAAUGUCAACAGAGUCCAGCGAUGUGUUGUUGGAGAAGGUUGGCAACAAAGGUGUCAUCACCUUAAACAGGCCAAAGGCUCUCAACGCUCUCUCUCUCGACAUGAUUCGCCAGAUUUAUCCAGUUCUUAAGAAAUGGGACACAGAUCCUGAAAUGAAGAUGGUAAUCAUCAAAGCAGCAUCCGGGUCCAAGGCCUUUUGCGCAGGUGGUGAUGUAAAGGCCAUUGCCUUGACGCAAGGCAAGGAGUCCGAACUUCGAGACGCCUUCUUCCGGGAAGAGUACCGACUGAACAACCUCAUUGCUAGUCUGACAAUCCCCUUCGUUGCUAUUUUGGAUGGCGUCACUAUGGGUGGGGGUGUAGGACUCUCGGUUCACGGCAGUUUUCGUGUAGCCACAGAGAGAACGGUUUUUGCUAUGCCAGAGACAGCAAUUGGUUUUUUCCCGGAUGUUGGAGGCAGCUAUGUGUUGCCGCGGCUACCGGGAAAGCUGGGCCUCUACCUGGGCUUGACUGGACAGCGAAUGACCGGCUGGGACGUCCUCAAGGGCCGCAUCGCCACACACUUUUCCUCGUCCCAGAGGAUUGAGCACAUCGAAGGCGACCUGAUGCGACUGACCACACCAAAUAUCUCGGACAUUGACAAGAUUCUCGUCAAACAUCAAGACCAGUGUGAAGCUGACUUCCGGAAGGAGUUCAUCCUCAAGAAGUACAUGGGCCGCAUCAACGCCGCCUUUGAUGCCCCAAGUGUGGAGCAAAUCAUCGAGAAUCUCAAAAAGGACAACUCGGACUGGGCCAAGGAGCAGCUCACCACACUGAGCAGAAUGUCACCACUCUCCCUCAAGAUCACCUUCAAAGAGCUUGAAGAAGGCGUUCGGCUGACUCUGCAAGACGCCCUUAAGAUGGAGUUCCGUCUUUCCCAGCGCUUCAUGCAGGACUCCGACUUCUAUGAGGGAGUCAGAUCAGUGCUAAUCGACCGCACGGGCACUCCCAAAUGGAGCCCAGCGACCUUGGAAGAAGUCACGGAUGAGAAGGUCAACUCCUACUUCGAGCCACUGCCAAGUGACAAGGAGCUCAGGCUCUGAGUACCUGCGGAUGAAGUGGGCAGCGUCUUCCCUGUUGCCUUCAACCUCUCUUUUUCUUUUUUUACUCCUCCAACUCAGCUCCUCCGUUCUGUUCCUCGUGCCUGCAGGUGCGAUGUCGACCGACCUUGGUCAGGGUUGCUAGUUUGGACUUCGCACACAAGUGAGGUUGAAGAACCAACGAACUUGGGCGUCUGGGCAAAAGCUAUGAUCUGCUUUUUGGCAAGCCAGUGGUGUUCGUUGUGGUAAAACAGCAAUGACAGGCAACAGAUGGACAGUCUACACAGGGUGAGCUCUGUCUCGUGUAACCUGUGCCCCUCAUCUGUCGUCUGUGAUGCUGUUCCACCACAGUAGAGUCAAACCUUUCCAACUUGGAGCCAGUAAGGGUCUCCAAGGAGCCAGUGUUCUUUAGAGAUCUGUUUAGUGGAGUGCUAGCCCUGAAUUCUGUGCUUCUCUUGCUUUUCUAUUAACAGCUGAAGAAGUUUUACUUGCUGUUGCCUGGUGAAAAGGCAGUUUAGAUGUGCAGCGUCGCAAACAUUGUUCUAAACAAAAAUGUCUCUGGUGGAGUGACCCAGUUCAGUCAAAUAACUUUCAUGCUUGGUUUGCGAAGAGCCAUGCAUACGUGUUGCAUUUGAAUGGGCAGAAUUUGCUGUACGUGAUCUUAAAGUGAAUGCAGAGGGUUGGUUAGUGUUGCUGAGCCACAUGCAUUGGAGUUCUUUACUUUGCCCAAACAGUGAUCCUGCAAAUUCACGAUAGCUUUACUUGGGGAAACCGUAGUUUCAGUCAGUGCAUUAAGUUAGACACAAUUUUCAUGUGGUCGAUUUGGAUUUGUGUGGGAGCAUUGUGGCUCCGAAGCGUGGCUGUCACAAGCACUUGAACUUUCUGCUGCAAUAAUCUACUUUCUUUAGCGAAACAGUUUAUUGGAACUGUAGCGUUGUGCCAGAAAAUGUUUACCUUCCCGUUGUGCACAUUCAUAAGCCUUUGAGAGCGAAGUAUUGUUUACAAUGUUGUGCCUCGCAUACUUAUUCAACAUGGCACAGCAUCACCCCUGAAUUUUGCACAUGCAGCUAGUCAGCUUCUUCAGAAUCUCUCUUGAUUCUCGCAGACCUGCAUCUUAACAAAUCUGAGCAGAUUGUCACACUACUGCCCACUGCAAAAGACAAUCCAUUGCAAAUUUUGGUGUGGACUUACCCUUGUGCUCAGAGCUUAAUUAAAUUGACUGUCACACAUUUAAGUUAGUUGUUCAUCGUACAGCAGGGCCAGAGUGCAUGCCAUGAAAAACUACACCUGCCAAGUAUGUUUUCAUUGGGAGUGUUAACAGAGGAGUCUUUAUGCUUGCUUUAACUAAAGUACACAAAUUGAUGCCCAUAUUCCCAAAAAUUCUCUUACCGAAGAGCCUUUCCUCAGUGACUGGCAUUCGUGAAUGGGUCACUCGUGGUAGCAGCCGGUGCGCCAACAAGAUCACUGCAGCGGUGACCAGUAACCUGGAACCCUUAAGUAUGAAAAGUUUUUUUAAUGUUGGGGGGGUCUAGUCAUUUUCAUUUCACAAAGAAAGAGUUCGCAUAUUAUAAUUAUUAGAGGCCGCUGUAAUCGCUCAGGCACCAUGGGAAUUGCAGAUUUGUCCACGGUUUGGAAAGGAUCCAUUGAGAAAACACAUUGCUGUUUCAUUUAUGGUUCAUUGCAGUUCAGCUGCAUUGCAUGGUACCCUUGCGAUGAUUUUGUUGUGUAAUUUCCAGCAUAUAAGCAUAUCACAUUACUCUGGGAUUUACACACUGCUAAAGCUGUACAGUGUUGCCAUUGGCAAGUAACACCCACAAUGCCUACUUGCUUUUGUUCGCCUAAACAAAUAAUUUUUAUUCACGAUGUUCUGAAAAUCAACAAGUGGCAGAAAUUAGAGGGUAUACGAGACCAGGUUUUGCUCCACAAUAAAUUUGCCAAGAAAAAAAAAAGUGAACCUCAGAAACAUCCACUGAGUCAUUUGAAGCCAAAAGGACAAAUUUCAGGCAAAUUGAUCCCUGCAAGUCAUUCCCAUCCUGGAAAAACACAUGUGCGUGUGCCAUAUGCAGACACUCGUGUCACAUUUCUCUGUGGUGUCCUUCGCAAGAAACUCCUUAUGGGUGUAAGUAUGUAACUGCAUCAGACUUUUUACAUUGGCUGUAAUGUUUUCAGGAGAGCAGGAGGCCUUCAUUAUAUACAUUGAAGAAAAAUGUUGCGAUGCUGAGCAUUUGCAAAAAUGCUUGAUAACAUGUGAGCAAGUCAGCACAGGCAUGUAAACCGGGUUGAGAAGGUGUGACCGCAGCACUCAAGCAACAAAUUCCAGUUGCCAAAACCAGUCUUUAUGGGAAUGCCACCUCUUCUUCUUUUGCUGCUGUGCUUUCCAUGGCAGCAUGGCUUUUGCGGCACAGAGAUUUGAGUGAUAUUGUCAUCAAACUUCGUAUUGCUUUGUAUCUCUAUUUGUUUUUUUUGCACUAGGUUUCUAGUGCCCAGUGUUGUUUGAACAGCAGUUUGUUGUUAUUAUUUUAGCAGGCCCUUGUUGUUCACGUGCGUGGGUUGUUUAUUGGACUGCCCGCUUUUGCGACAGACACAGGAGGAGAGUUGCAGUGAGCAUUGUAGGGUGUGAACAAUCCAAGUGAGCAAGGAAUGCAUAUGGAGGACAGCGUGUGCGUGAAUGCACUGUUACCCAUUCACACAUUAGGGGUUUUUCGAAGAGAGAAGCGACAUUUCAAAUUAAAGCUUGAAAGUGCACUUAAA